AGUUUAGUGUGAAAUGAUCUCGAUAGUUUGCUUGACGUUCCUUGUGGUCCUGAGCAGUGCCCGGUGGAUGCCACCAGCAGGCUCAAUCAGCCUGAUCAAUAGACCAGACUUCGACUUCCUGAACGACGAUUACAAUGUGAGCCAUUCCAGAAGCAAAAGGUACAUAGGGCUCAGCAAAAGAUACAAGUUAAACCGUAGAUAUCAGGAAUGCGUCGCGCCCGGCGAGGUCGAAGGGCACUGCAAGCAUGUCAUCUAUUGCCCUUUGGACGUGGUCGGCAUCUCUGGGAAGGCAGCGUUGGACUACCUCUGCAUUAUUGAAAAAAUCCACGUGGGCGUCUGCUGUCCGGAUGACAUCCUGCUGCAAAGUUUGACGGGAGCUCAAUUGAUUAUGGAUUUACCAGCCGGAGGCGAAGAAUACGAUGACGAAGAUGCAUUUACUGGUUGCGGGUUGACGGAGUUGGCGCGUCCAGUAGGCAAUAGGGCCUCAAGCCCUGCAAAGCGAUGGCCUUGGUUGGCGACCUUGUACAAACCGAGCGAAGGCAACAGGCAGUUCUGCGGAGGAGCCUUGAUCACGGACAAGCACAUCCUGACAGCGGCACAUUGCUUUAACGGGUUGAAAGCUAACGAUUUUAGAGUCAGAUUGGGCGAAUACGACUUCGGUAGGGCAGGUGAGACGCGAUCCCGUGAUUUCUCCGUGUCCCUCAUAUCGAACCACGAGGAAUUCAGUCAAGGGACAUACGACAAUGACAUAUCGAUAAUCACCCUUGAUAAGUCUGUUAACUUUAAUUCGUACAUGUGGCCGAUCUGUCUUCCACCUUUGAAUGCCUCGUACGAAGGGCUGACCGCGACCGUAGCUGGUUGGGGCCAGCAGUACUACGCGGGACCCACCAGUGAAGUCCUGCUGGAGGUGUCCGUUCCAAUCUGGGAGCAUAAGCGAUGCGUGGAUGCUUUCGCGCAGAGGAUCAGCGACACGAGCCUGUGCGCGGCUGCUCACGAGGGUGGCAAGGAUUCAUGUUUGGGCGACUCUGGAGGACCUUUGGUUUACCAAUUGAAGAACGGCAGAUGGGUUGCGAUCGGAAUCGUAUCCUGGGGCAUCGGUUGCGGAGACAGAGGUCUGCCAGGUAUCUACACUAGAGUGGACAAGUACAUCCCUUGGAUAGUAAAAAGGACAAUAGUCAAGUAAAAACAAGGUUGAAGAAAUGCCUUAAACAGUCAGUUAUAUUUUGUUUCUUUUAUCAUUUACAUACAUAAUUUUCUCGUAUAU